AGUUGUCUGUUCUUUCUGUUUCUAAUUCGCUCUUCCUACUUCUAGAAAUUACUGUUUUAUCUGGAAACUGGCUAUCCGUUGACCUUUUGUAAAUGGAAAGUGUUUCUACAAAAGAGAAAGAUAAUAUGACAUCCCGAAAACGAAAAAGGGAUGAAACUAUAAGCAGUACGAUUCCUAAAACGGAGGAGAUCAGCUCUGAGUCUUGCCUCGGUCAGCCAAACGAUCAAAGUGUUUAUGAAGUCAUAACGAACAAGCCAUCUACGUUGCCAGCAGUCCACUAUGAUCCUGACACGACUGAGCCCAUCAGCUGCAGUCUGAAGUCUCUUGAUGAAUUGUUGUCAUGGAAACGAAAGGAAGCAAGUCUUUUUAAUGUGGCCACUGUGCCUUUGGCUAGCAGGUAUCCUCCACUGCACAGCUGCCCUAGACGGACAUUGGUGUCCCAUGACAUGAUGGGUGGCUACCUGGAGGACAGGUUCAUUCAAGGUGCAGAGGUGGAGACGCCUUAUGCCUUCUAUCACUGGGAGUAUGUUGACAUCUUCAACUACUUCAGUCAUCAGAUGGUAACCAUUCCUCCUGCGGUUUGGACAAAUGCAGCACAUAAGCAUGGCGUGCUCUCUAUUGAGUGGACAGAUGGAGCGAAGACAUGUGAGGCCUUCCUUGCAGAUGAGGAGAGUUACUGCACAGCUGCUGAUAAGUUGGUUCAGAUUUCCCACUGCUACGGCUUUGACGGCUGGCUCAUUAACAUAGAAAAUGUGCUGAGUGAGACUGCAGUGAAGAACACUGGACCCUUUCUGCGCUACCUCACAGACCAGAUGCAUGAGCACGUUCCAGGCAGUGUGGUGAUCUGGUAUGACAGCGUGCUGAAAAACGGCACGCUCGAUUGGCAGAACAAACUCAAUGAUGACAACAGAAUCUUUUUUGAUGCCUGUGAUGGAAUAUUCACUAACUACAACUGGACAGAGCAGAGCCUGGAGUGGAUGAAGUCCUACUCUGCUGCUCAGGGCCGCUUUGCUGACAUCUAUGUUGGUAUUGAUGUGUUUGCAAGAGGGAAGGUGGUUGGAGGGAAAUUUGAGACCAAUAAGGCUCUGAAUAUGAUUAGGAAGUAUGAAUUUUCAACAGCCAUCUUUGCUCCUGGCUGGGUGUACGAAUACCACGAAAAGGCAGAUUUCCGCCAAAACCAGGACAAGUUUUGGAGUUUGCUGUCUGAUUCCCUUUAUAUCCACCGGCCCUCGUCCAGUCUUCCAUUCAUCUCCUCAUUCUGUCAGGGCUUUGGAAAGAGCCUGUACUGGAGGGGACAGGUGGAGAUGAAGAGAAGCUGGUUUAAUCUGCAUGCUCAGGAGAUCCAGCCUCUGUACCUCUCUGAGAACAUGGACAAUGGUGGCUGGCUGAGAACCCGUGGCUGCUCAGAGGACGCUUGGAUAGGAGGCAGCUCUCUGAUGGUGGAGGGCAUGAUUCCAUCUGGACUUUCUGAAGUCUGUGCAAGGAUUUUUUCUCUCCAUGUUCCCUUGGCCACCAGGACGUUUGUUUCUUUUGUCUACAAGCCACCUGUGGGGGUGAAGAUAUCCUUGGAGCUCAAAACGAUAGAUGGUCCUCUGUGCACAUUCGAUGGGAUGGAGGAAAUAGCACUUGGCAGUGUCUUUCCAGAAGCAUUAGCAGAGGAUAACCAGUUGGUUGAGCAGUUUGCACAGAAGUGUGGCCGGUGGUCUUUGGAUGGCUGGACUACCAGAUGUUUCUUGUUGAAAAUGAUUGGCUGCUCACUGCGAGAAGUGUGUAUUCGUGUUUCCCGAGAUGGAGGCGAUGAGGACAUUUCCUUUAAUUGUAGGAUUGGAGAGAUUAUGGUGAGAUACACAUGUACAUUACAGAUACCUUCUCAAAGGUCUUACUCCACCCUGUAUCGUGUGGUGGAGCUGGAGGUGCCUGCUGCUCUGGGUCUCAUAGAGCUGGUGGUGGAGCCUGUGAGCAGAGAGGGAUUCAAAGUGCCUGAGACCCAGUGUGGCCGAUGCACACUCAGUUACAGCGCCAGUUCCUCAGAGAACCCAUCAGUGUGA